UUUUCAAAUAAUUUGUUAAUUUUUUUCAUUGUUUUUAAGCUGCCAAAAGUGCAGACUUUUUACUAUAUAAAUACACAAUGCCCAGGAUUCCCUUGGCUAUGAACCUAUGGUUGUUCUUGUUCCUACUUUCUCUUUCUUUGUGAGCUUUAAACUUUUGUUCAGGUCCUUAUACGUAUAUUCCAAACUAUAGACUGCUUACUAGGGUUGUUGCUGUUUUUGUUUUGUUUUUUUUUGGGUUCUCAUUGUUCAGUCAAAAUCUCAUACCAAACAAACAAUAUUGGUCGCUAUCAAAGUAGUGGCCUAUUUAAGGUAUUUGCCUCCCUUUCAGCCAUUUGGGUUUCAAAUUUAUGCUCAGAAACUGGAAUUGUGAUGUGGGUUAUGGCGUUCCGGGCUUUCUUUUCGGUUGCAUAACGAGAAUUUGUGAGAGAAAAUACCAGGAUAAAUUAUUCUCUUAGCAAUCAUGGGCACCAUGGCAACAUCUACUCUGCCCAUUCCUCGAGAAGCAUCAAAUUUUGAUGAGGUUUCUAUGCACCAAAGCUUGCUAUUUUCAGACAGUCUUCAGGAUUUGAAGAAUUUGAGAUCACAGUUAUACUCAGCUGCUGAGUAUUUUGAACUUUCUUAUACAAAUGAUGACCAAAAACAGAUAGUGGUAGAAACUUUAAAAGAUUAUGCCAUUAAAGCACUAGUAAAUACAGUGGAUCAUUUGGGUUCAGUGAGUUAUAAGGUUAAUGAUCUCUUAGAUGAAAAGGUGGAUGAAGUUUCUGGAACAGAACUUCGAGUAUCCUGCAUUGAACAGAGGCUAAGAACGUGCCAAGAAUUUAUUGAUCAUGAGGGUCUCACUCAACAAUCGCUGGUGAUAAACACUCCAAAGUACCACAAGCGGUACAUUUUGCCAGUUGGUGAGACCAUGCAUGGUGCCAAUCACGCUAAAUCGAAAUACCAAGGAUGCAGCCUGGACGAUGAAGAUGACUGGCAUCAAUUUAGAAACGGUACUGUUCGAGCUACAAUUAGAGAAACUCCAACAAGCACAGUCAGUAAAGGGCGCUCCCCGUCUCCUGCUCUACAAACUUCUCAGAGACCUCCAGUCUUUUCUUUUACUUCUACCAUGCCCAAGAAAGAUUUAGAUAAGCGAACAGUUUCUCCUCACCGGUUUCCCCUUCUACGUUCUGGAUCACUCUCUAGUAGGUCUGUAACACCAAAUUCAAGUCGACCUAUAACUCCCAACUCAAGCCGGCCAACUACUCCGAAUUCUUCGAAUGCAAGAAGACGGUACCCUUCGGAGCCUCGUAAAUCCGCUUCAAUGAGAUUACAUGCUGACAAGGAAAAUGGCAAAGAUAUUGAACUAAAUCCCAGUAAAAGUAAACGCCUUCUGAAGGCGUUGCUUAGCCGGCGCAAGUCGAAGAAAGACGACACGCUAUACACUUACUUAGAUGAAUACUGAGAAAAUAGAGUGGUGAAAGAAAAUGAAGCCAAAGCAAAGCAGGGAAUGACUGCAGAGCUUUGCCCUUCCAUACACAUCUAGUACUCUUUUUUUUUACCCGAGUGAUAAAAUUAUAGUAUAUUGUAAGUUUUUUCCUAGAUUUGGCAUAUCAUGUAUCAUUUUAUAAUUAUUUUCAGUAAUAUGCUUUCAUUUGUUGAAUCUCUGUAUGGUUUAAUUCCAUGUAUGGUCAAAAGAAGCAUUUAUAAAUGUAAGGCAAAGAAUCUUCAAUUUAAUGAAUGCAAUCGUUAAUUUGUUA